GACGCCUCCAGUUCAUCCUCACACCAACCAGCUCCCAGCUGACCUUCUUCUGCUGCUCCUUUUCCACCGUGUCCUCCUCCUCCUCCUCUACAGUUCUCCUCCACCAUGGCGUCUCUGUGGCUCCAGUCCGUGUCUCUACUGGUCUUACUGGUCUGGUCGUGUCCUGGCUCUCACGCGGCCGCCGGCCCUCAACACCUGUGUGGGUCUCACCUGGUGGACGCCCUGUACCUGGUCUGUGGGGAGAGGGGCUUCUUCUACAACCCCAAGAGAGACGUGGACCCCCUGAUGGGUUUCCUGCCUUCGAAAGUGGGCGGAGCCUCUGCAGCGGCUGGCGGAGAGAACGAGGUUGCUGAGUUUGCCUUCAAGGACCAGAUGGAGAUGAUGGUGAAGCGAGGCAUCGUGGAGCAGUGCUGCCACCGGCCCUGCAACAUCUUCGACCUGCAAAACUACUGCAACUGAGUAGCUUAGCUUAAUCUAGCUUAGCUUCCUGGCUAACUUAGCCCCGCCUCCAGCUUCACUUCGGUGGAACGUUUUCUCUGAAAAAAAAAACAAGAAGUGGAUGAAAUUAUUUUUCCUACAAAAUAAAGUUUUGUGAAUUAAGAUAA